AUAUUUGUGUGGGUUUCUCCCUCGCACUGAAUGUUCUGCUGUUGGAGUCGAAGUGCUAAGCCAUAAUCCUUGUUUCGCUCUUCUGUGUAGUGUGAAGAGGUCAACGUACAUGUGGAGCUCACUUUGAAGAAGUAGGCAAGGCUGUGAGCGCUGUGAGUUGGGAAUGAAUUGAAAAUAUGGCCGAAAGCUCUGUCGCAAUAUUUAUUUAGUUCUGAAGUUUUAAUGCGCCGUUAGUGGCAGAGCAGAGUGGACACGAAGAGUCGGUGAAGCAAGAAGGAGAGGUGACAAGACGAGUCGGUGAAGAAGGAAGGAGGAAAGCAAGACACAUCUGCAACAUCUUUGAUCAAACUGAGCUGAGCUGCUGAUACGAAGCGUCGACCAAGCAUCCCUGACUGGAGUGAAUGCCCCAGCUGGCCUCUCGUUUGUCAGUGGUUGCUACUAGACCUGUUAGUAUCACACUCACGACUACAAGUUUCCUGGUGUGUAUCGACAUCGGCAUCAGUGGGGCCUCCCGCCGUGUCGAUCCUGUUGACGGGCGGACAGGUCGGUGUGAAUCCUGAACGGCAACCGAGCCCGGGUCGCGUUGGGGGAUCUCGGCGGUGAGUCUCGCCUGGCCUGCAUACAUGGACAUUGCAACAUCAUAAUAAUAAACAACAUACAUGUACUUUCCAUUGGCAUCAGUAUUCCGCGUCAGGUUUUCGUCGCUUGUGUGGUGUGUUUCUCCACCAAUGAGCGAGUACUAUGAUUAUUUAUCGCUGUUCUCACACUUUACCAUUUUAGCAGCUUGCAUAUGCCAUUGAUAUAUGUGGAAAGCGCGCAUUUGCGCCAUUUCUGGUGUAUAAGAAUGAUCAUUCCUCCAUCAUCAUCAUUAUUAUCCUCUACUGAUGAGAUACGUAACGAUUUUACGUGCCCAUUGACCCACCGCUCUUACUGGGUGCAGCCGCUGUCCGUUGGUGAAACGAGCAAAGCUUCAGAGUUUGCGUCGUCGUCUCCUCCUAGCGCGCUCUGACUGAAGCUGCAGUCAACAUGAGUCAGCUACGAUGGGCACAGAGACUAUUGGGCCCGAUGGCUGCAAGGCCCAGUCCCCUCGCUCGGAUGCAGCCCUCUCGCACUGCUACAAGUAGUAGUGCGGAGCUCACCGUGGAUCGAGCAAACGUUGUGGUGAUAGGCGGUGGAGUCGUCGGCACUAGUAUAGCCUAUCACCUGGCAAAGCUGGAUCCGCCAUUCGAUGACUUCGAUGACUAUCCCGCGGUUGUCCUGCUGGAGAAGUCUGAAUUGACGGCAGGGUCAACUGGGCAUGCCGCUGGCCUCACCACCACCUUCAAUCCUGGCGGGAACGUGCGACGUGUGCACUAUGACAGCCAUACACUCUACACGCAACUGGAGAAGGAAACAGGCCAGGCUGUCGGCAUGCAUCGCUGUGGUUCGUUGCGACUUGCCGAAACAGGCACGCGCAUGGAUGAGUUCCGACAGCACCUGAGCAGGGCGAGUUGGUAUCCAGCGCCUGCAAGGAUCCUGGACGUGGCCGAGGUGGUGGAGAAGUGCCCGCUGAUCAAUCCCGACGGCAUCAUCGGUGGCUUUUUCAAUCCACACGAUGGCUACAUUGAUCCUUACUCUGUGAUCAUGGCGUUGGGUGCUGGUGCCAAGCAACACGGUGCAAAGAUCUUCACGCACACAGAGGUAACUGACAUGGAGAGCAUGGCUGGCAGUGGUAACAGGUGGAAGGUCACAACACCGAACGGCUCCAUCGAGUGCUACCACGUCGUCAACGCCGCCGGAUUCUGGGGCCGCGAGCUCGACGCCUUGCUCCAGCAUGGACGCAAGGGCACGGGUGCCAAGCUGCCGUUGAUACCAGGCCAUCACCAGUACUGCAUCACGGACACGCUCGCGGAGGUGCAGGCGCUGAAGAAGGAAAUGCCAGUGGUGCGAGAUCUGCACGGCUCCUAUUACAUACGUAUGGAGCGCGACGCGCUGCUCGUGGGUCCGUAUGAACGCCCUGAGCGCAUGAAACUAGAGGAGAACUGGUUGCUGGACCGUGUCACACCCGGAUUUGGCCAGGAACUGUUCGAGAACGACCUGGACAGGAUCGGGCCUAAUUUGGAGAUGGCUGUGAACCGAUUCCCGGCGUUCGGCAAGGCUCCCAUCAUUCGUACAGUGGCAGGGCCCAUUACUUUUGCUCCUGACGGCAUGCCGAUGGUUGGACCCAAGCCUGGUCAGCCGGGUAUGUGGCUGGCUGUUGGCUUCGGCUACGGCAUUAUCCACGGCUACGGCAUUAUCCACGGCGGAGGCCUGGGCAAGUAUCUUGCCGAUUGGAUCUGGAAUGGCUAUCCGCCAUAUGACCUGACAGAAACUGAUCCGGCUCGCUACGGCAACUGGAGCGACGAUCCCACAUACUUCAUGAACAAGAUGAGAGAGACGUAUAGGAUGAACAACUCGUAUGCCUAUGUUAAGGAGGAACGCUUUGGCGGCAGGCCGACGAAGCGUGCGGGUCCUCUUUACGCAUCGCUGCAGAAACGUGGCGCUCACUUCGGCUUCAAGGCAGGAUUUGAGGUUCCUCUAUGGUUUGAGCGACCUGGUGACACGCCCGGCUACCAACCCAGCUUCCACCGCACCAACUGGUUUGAGCCGGUCGGCAGGGAGAGCCGUCUGGUGCGGGAGAACGUCGGUGUGAUUGACCUCUCGUCGUUUGCCACGUUCACGGUGUCCGGCCAGGACUCGUACCGCUUCCUGAAUCUGGCCUUUGCCAACAGAAUUCCAAAGACCCAAGGCCGUUCGUGCCUGGCGCACAUGCUCGCACAUAACGGCCGCGUCAUGUCUGAGAUGACGGUCACGUGUACUGUGCCUACGGCCAAGGACGGCAGUGGUGGGGAGUACAUGCUGACUAUGGGAGGAGGCUCAGAGCUGCACGAUCUCAGGUGGCUGGAAGGGUUAAAUAUGCCCAAACACUGCAACGUUGCCAUUCGGAACACCACUGAUGAGCUGUCUUGCCUAGGCAUUGCUGGCCCCAAGUCACCGCGGCUGAUGGAGCGCCUGUUCCCGGGGACGGAGUUCUCGCGUGACACGUGGAAGCUGAUGUCACACCGCAAACUCGCCAAUAACAGCGGCGUGGAGAUGGACGUGAUCAGGAUCUCCUACACAGGUGAGCUCGGCUGGGAGGUUCACUGUCCGCAGGCAUCCGUUGUUGAUCUGCACGCCAGGGUGCAUUGGCUAGGCGCAGAUCUCGGCGUGGAUGACUUUGGCACGUACGCCAUGAACUCACUGCGCAUGGAGAAAGGAUUCCGAGCGUGGGGAGCUGAGAUGAGCAAGGACAACACUAUGGUGGAAUCCGACAUGAUGUCAUUUGUGAGAGGCAACGUAGAGCCGGACGCGCAAGCGUGCAUUGGCAUGGCGGCACUGGAGCACGAACUUCGCGCAGGCAGCAAAGAGAAGCUGGUGAUGCUGAAGGUGCUGGAAGAUGACGGGAAAACAGACCCGGACGGCAUGGAUGCAGUGUAUUGCGACGGCAAGGUCGUCGGUCAUGUUUCCUCCGGCUGUUACGGAUACCAAGUUGGUCAUGGCCUUGCGUUUGCAUUCGUCCCGCCAUUCCUUUCCGAAGAGGGCCUCGAGCUCAAGAUUGACGUCAUUGGCAAGCUACGGCGAUGCGUUGUCAUUGCGCCGCCUGUGAAAGCCGAUCACCUGAGGAACUGAACUGUGUUGUGAAGUCACCAUCCCUUGGUCUUUGUGUAAUAGCUAUAUCACUCGUUUGCACGUUUCGUCAUUCGGCCUUAAACGGCUGCGAGUUGAGAUUGCGGUGUCUGAUUCAAUAAGAAGUGACAUUGUGUCCAGUUUCCCCCCCCCCCCCCUUUGACCUACUUUUCCUUGAAUUCUGCUAACGUUGGCGUAUUUCCGGUUUGCUCUCGCCACUACUGACGUACUUGUUAGGCUAUAUUUUAAAAAAAUGAUUAUGUUAGCAAUCACAAGUCGUGUUACAAUGUGCACAUGGUGACACCAAAGCUGCUGGUGCGUGCACCCUCGCUUUGGAACAUGCACUGCAUUUUCCGAUUAUUCGUAAAGUGGCCACGGACCUGGGUCCUGCAGCUUGUGCUUUGGCAGUACACUGUACAUUGCAUAUUCAACUUUUUGGGUUCGUAUUCAUGAACUCUAUGAAGUAGUUGAAUGUUCACGCAGUGUUUUUGAAAUAAAAGGACAUGGAUGAGCAUAGUAAUAUAAUGCCAAUCAUUUCAGAUCUCCUGAAAUUCGUUUCAAUGACUUCCCCCGUUUUACGUGUUCUGGCUCCCAAUUCUGUCCUGGCAGCGGAUGAUCCGUGAUGCGUGGCAGGCCGCCCCGAAAAUAUACAACUAAACUAUA